AUGUCGCGGCGCGCGCCUCUGCUCCUCCUCCUGCUCCUGUGGUACUCGCUGCGGCCCGCGGACUCGGCGCGGGGCGAGGCCGAGGCGCUCCUGCGGUGGAAGGCGAGCCUGCUGGCGCCGGCCGGCGCCCUCGCCUCGUGGUCGCUGAACGGCUCCACCGCGCCGUGCGCGUGGCGCGGCGUGUCGUGCGACUCCCGCGGCCGCGUCGUGGGCGUGGACGCGGCCGGCGCGGGCCUCGCCGGCACGCUCGGCGCGCUGGACCUCGCGGCGCUGGGCAGCCUCGCCAGCCUCAACCUCAGCUUCAACGCGCUGGCGGGGCCGCUCUUCACGGCCAACGUGUCCGCGCCGCUGGUCAGCGUCCGGUCCGUCGAUCUGUCCAACAACAGCCUGUCGGGGCCGAUCCCGGCGACGCUGCCCGCGUACAUGCCGAACCUCGAGCUCCUCAACCUCUCGUCCAACCAGUUCGCCGGCGAAAUACCGGCAACCCUCGCCAAGUUGACGAAGCUGCAGAGCCUUGUCGUGGCCUCCAACCAUCUCGCCGGCGGCAUACCGGCGGUGCUCGGCAACGUCUCCGGGCUACGAGAGCUCGAGCUGUCCAGCAACCCGUUGGGCGGCACGAUUCCUGCUGCUCUCGGCAAGCUCGUGUCCCUGGAGCGCAUCAACGUCAGCCUCACUCAGCUGGAGUCGACGAUCCCAAUUGAGCUCAGCCUCUGCACCAACCUCACCGUCAUUGGCCUCGCGGGGAACGAUCUCUCCGGGGGGCUGCCGCCGUCGCUGGCCAAGCUGACCAGAGUACGCGAGUUCAACGUCUCCAAGAACAUGCUCACCGGCGAGAUACUGCCGGACUACUUCACGUCUUGGACCGACCUCAGGGUGUUUCAGGCGGACGGCAACCGUUUCACCGGCACGAUACCCCCGGAGGUCGCGACGGCAUCCAAGCUCGAGUUCCUCUCCUUGGCGACCAACAACCUUUCCGGUGCGAUCCCCCCUGUCAUCGGAAGGCUGACAAGCCUCAUGGUGCUGGACCUCUCGGAGAACGAGUUCUCCGGCACGAUCCCCCGGACGAUCGGCAACCUCACGAGCCUCACCACCCUGAGGCUGUACGAUAACAAGCUCACCGGCCGGCUGCCCGACGAGUUCGGGAGCAUGACGGCGCUGCAGAGGCUCUCCAUAAACACCAACAUGCUGGAGGGCGAGCUGCCGGCUGGCCUCACCCGUCUGCCGAACCUCCUCAGCAUCGUCGCCUUCGACAACCUAUUCUCCGGCACCAUCCCAUCGGAUUUCGGCCGGAACCUGUCCAUCUUCAGCAUGUCGAACAACAAGUUCUCCGGCGGGCUGCCUGCGGGGCUGUGCAACACACCCCGCCUCCGGUACCUUAGCCUCGAUGACAACCACCUCUCCGGCACCGUGCCCGCUUGCUACCGUAACUUCACAAAGCUGGUGCGCUUCCGGAUGGCACGGAACCGGUUGUCCGGCGACGUGUCAGAGAUCUUGGGGUCGCAUCCUGACCUCUACUACUUCGACCUGUCCGGGAACUUGUUCGAUGGACAGCUCCCGGAGCACUGGGCUCAGUUCAAGAGCCUCUCGUACCUGCAGUUGGACGGCAACAAGAUCACCGGAGCAAUUCCGGCCAGUUACGGCGCCCUGAUUGCAUUGGAAGAUCUGGGCCUCACAUCGAAUCGUCUGUCUGGAACGAUACCGCCGGAGCUCGGUGAACUGCCUCUGCUCAAAUUGGAUUUGAGUCACAACAUGCUGUCCGGCCAAAUCCCUCUGGCAAUGGGGAACGUCACUCGGAUGCUACGGCUGGACCUGUCCGGAAAUCGUCUUGACGGUGGCGUGCCGGUGGAGCUGACCAAACUUGCCCACAUGUGGCACCUGAACCUGAGCCGCAACAACCUGACCGGAAGCGUCCCAGCUCUGCUCGGAAGGAUGGCCUCGCUGCAGGAGCUGGAUCUUAGCGGCAACCCGGGACUGUGCGGCGACAUCGCCGGCCUGGAUUCUUGUCGCUUGGAGCCCAUCAGAAGUGCCUCCAGACGGCACAUCGUGAGGCGGCGGAUCAUCCUCGUCGCCGGCGUGGUCUCCGCCGCGGCGCUGCUGGCCUCCGCUGUCGCGGUGGCGUGCGCGCUGGCCCGCAGGAGGAGGCGGGCCGGUAAAGACAGCACGGACACGACGGCGAGCGGCAGCGCGGCGGCUCUGACGACGGCUUCCAUCUGGGGCAAGGACGCGGAGUUCUCGUUCGGCGACAUCCUCGCGGCGACGGAGCACUUCAACGAUGCCUACUGCAUCGGCCGGGGCAGCUUCGGGAGCGUGUACCGGGCCGACCUGCCCGGCGGGCACAGCCUCGCCGUGAAGCGGCUGGACGCGUCGGAGACCGGCGACGCGUGCUGGGGGAUCAGCGAGAAGAGCUUCGAGAACGAGGUCCGGGCGCUGACGCGCGUCCGGCACCGGAACAUCGUGAGGCUGCACGGGUUCUGCGCCAUGGGCGGGUACAUGUACCUGGCGUACGAGCUGGUGGAGCGGGGCAGCGUCGGGAAGGUGCUGUACGGGGCCGGGCGGAGCUGCGAGCGGUUCGACUGGGCGGCGCGGGUGCGCGCCAUCGGCGGGCUGGCGCACGCGCUGGCGUACCUCCACCACGACUGCUCGCCGCCGAUGGUCCACCGCGACGUGACCGUCAACAACGUGCUGCUGGACCCGGACUUCGAGCCGCGGGUGUCGGACUUCGGCACGGCGAGGUUCCUCGCCCCCGGGCGCUCCGACUGCACCAGCGUCGCCGGCUCCUACGGCUACAUGGCGCCAGAGCUGGCGUACCUGAGGGUGACGACCAAGUGCGACGUGUACAGCUUCGGCGUCGUGGCAAUGGAGAUCCUGAUGGGCAGGCACCCGGGCGGGCUCAUCAGCUCCCUGCACUCGCGGCUCCCGUACACCAGUGAGCAAGGCGUCGGCGCCCGCGCCGGCGAGCCGAUGCUGCUGAAGGACGCGGUGGAUCAGAGGCUGGACCUGCCCUCGGGGCAGGUGGCCGGGCAGCUCGUGUUCGCGUUCGUGGUGGCCCUGUCCUGCGUCCGGGAGGACCCCGAGGCCCGGCCGACCAUGCGGAACGUCGCCCAGGAGCUCUCGGCACGGAGGCUGUCGGUGUUGGACAGGCCGUUCGCGGCGAUCAGGGUUAGCGACCUGACCAGCUCGCAAGGAUAACGUGCUGCAGUUGUACAGAAGCAGGCUCUCUUUUAUUUGCAUGCCAAGAUAGAAAGACCUCGAUGCUCAAUUAACUCGGAUUGUUCAUUAGUGCCUGCAAGUACUAGAUUGAUAAAUCAAAGUGUUCAUCAGAACGAUAACUGUUUUUCAUGGCG